AUGGGCGGGGCGUAUCAAGACUCCGCUCCCACAACCCGGAGGAUUCUGGUCUUGACCUGGAGAACCCAGAGAGUUCCCAGACAAGCGGGCACUGGGGCUCGCAGGGACAGUAAAAAUAAUCGCAAACGGGACGGAGAAGAGACGUUUGAGUUUGUUGAAUUCGCUAUUGAGGAAGAAAGUGUUCGUGGUUACGAGCGCCAGCUUCAGGAGGAAUAUGAGCGACGUGCCAAGGAGAAGCAGGAGCCUGAAGGAGUUGGUGGUUUGGUGCGAAGGACAUUGCAACAACAGGUUGCAGCUCUUAAGCCAUUUUUGAAUGAAGGAUAUUUGAAGGAAAUCGGUUACGGAGAUGAUAUGGCUUCAGACAUAGAGUUCAAGGAUAUUGACUACACCUCUGUUUUAAAUAGUAAAAAUGCAAAGCAAAAACUUACUGCAAAUAAAGGUGUGCAUAAGGUUUAUGGGAGCCCUAACCCUCACCUACCUAUGAGUGAAAAGCAGUGCAUGGGAUGUGGUGCAUUAAUGCAUUGUGUGGAUCCGUCUAUACCUGGAUAUCUGCCAAGUGAAAAGUUUACUGCGGUUUUACAGCAAUCUGAAGAGGAGGUCAUAUGCCAGCGUUGUUUUUUCCUUAUCCAUCAUCAAAAGGCAUUGAAUGUUUCAGUGUCCAAAGAAGAGUACCGUAAUAUUGUGAGCAACAUACGAGCAAAAAAGGGACUUGUGAUAUUCAUGGUGGAUAUACUAGAUCUCCCAAAUUCAGUAUUUCCGGAAUUGCUUGAUGAUGUUGGUGAAAACAAAAAAAUUUUGGUAUUGGGAAAUAAGAUUGAUUUGCUCCCUGGUGAUUCUCCAGGGUACCUGAAGCGCAUUAAAGGGCAACUGAUGAACUAUUGCACAAAUGCAGGCAUUAACAGAAAUGGAAACAUAACAGAUGUGCGCUUGAUUAGUGCUAAGACUGCCUAUGGUGUUGAAGAGUUGGUAUCCGCGCUUCAAAGUUCUUGGAAGUAUAAAGGAGAUGUGUAUUUAGUGGGGGCAACAAACGCUGGGAAAUCAACUCUCUUCAAUACUUUGCUGCAGUCAGAUUACAGCAAAGCGAAAGCAUCAGAAAUCAUUAAAGAAGCAACAAUCUCUCCAUGGCCAGGUACCACGUUAAACUUACUUAAGUUUCCUAUUAUCAAUCCAACUCCGUACAGAAUGUUUAAGCGACAGGAGAGGCUAAAAAGGGAUUCUGCUAAAGCAGAAGAUGACCUGGAUGAAGAGGAACUGAAGCAUCUCAAGAGUCUUAAAAACAAAAGUUAUAUUGUGGGGCGAGUAGGAAGAACAUUCAAAGUACAGAGCACAAAACAGGAAGAUUUAAUGUUUGAUGCAGAUUUGCUUUCUAUAAACACAGAUGAAGAUGACAAACCUUUGCCUGGACAUGCAAGAGAAAAACCUAAUUUUACUUACAAUGAAUUAAAGGAUGCCAACUGGCUUUAUGAUACACCCGGCAUUGUUAAAGAAAACUGCGUACUCAACCAUUUGAAUGAUAAGGAAGUCAAAAUGGUACUGGCAACGCAAGCAAUCAUACCGCGAACAUUUGUGCUACAACCUGGCAUGACUUUGUUUCUUGGUGCUUUAGGACGUAUAGACUUUUUACAGGCGGAAAAAUCUGCGUGGUUUUCAGUUAUUGCCUCCAACCUGUUACCUGUGCAUAUUACCAACACUUGUAAAGCAGAUGACAUUUACCAGAAGCAUGCAGGAAAGAUUCUGCUUGGGGUUCCCACUGGAGGAGAACAGCGAAUGAAAGCAUUUCCACCGUUCGUUCCAGUAGAUGUUACGCUUAAAGGUAUUGGACCCUCAGAAGCUGUGGCCGAUCUUCAGCUUUCUACUGCAGGUUGGGUUGCUGUUACUGCUCAUUCUGGUGAACAUCUGGAUCUUCGUUGUUACACACCUAGAGGAACAUCCCUCACAAUAAGGAGACCACCGCUUUUACCGUUUAUUGUAAACAUUAAAGGGGAAAGAAUUCGAAAAAGUCCAGCAUAUGCAACAAAAAAGCCUUCUUGUGUUGUAAAAAACUUUAAAUGAAUAUUAGGUAUUUUUUAAAUCAACUAAUAUUGAUAUUUGUGUUCAUAUUUGCUAACUUAAGUACCUCAUUUAUUUUGUUAAUUAACAUGGUUUUCCUUUCUUGUGGCUGAUAACUUGAAAAUGGACACCCCAGUCAUCUGUGCUUUUAAUUAUUGCUGAGAAGUCCCUUUAAAUUUACAUGGUGUUCGUUUUGUUUGUUUUUAUCUCUUGACAUGUAUUUUGUUAACGAUUGCCUAGCUACAAGCAAGACUUGAGAACUAAUGUAUUGACAUUGUAUUUCUGUCUUGUUGUUUCACGUUAAACUGUGUUGUGCUACUCUAUAAUAGAUUGUACAUCAUGCGUAUUAAAUUUAUUUUGACGCAA